ACAUCCGCUUGGGUCUCGGCAGCAAUUCAAGUCUCAUCCGCUAGAAUGGGAUUCUAUUGGGCGACGACCGUCGUUUGCUAGCAACUAUCGCCGCCAAAAAGACGUACACUCCAGUUCAAGCAGUGUUCGACAUGGUGAUUCCGAACCCCUAUCAGACUCCUCCGGAUACGCCACCAGUCGGUCAAUCCCCGAACGCGGCCUCGUCCAAGGCACCAGCGCGCCUGUCUAAGCCCAAGAUCUGCUGUAACGGUCCCAAGCGACGAGCCUAUGAGUACAAUCACGAGCCCGGAAAUCCCGUCAUCACCCUUCAUCCUCAAGGCGCCAGCUCCGUCACCCUGCAUCUAGACGAGUACUGGGUCUUCCUGUUCUUCCGUUUCUGCGCAGAGCGGCAUCGUAUGCAGGUGCGGCGGACAUACGAAGGUGUUGCUAGAGAAGCCUUGAGUCAAGAUGAGACUAUGCAGAAGACAUUCGUCGGGAACGUGUUCCGCGAGCUUGACGCAGGAAGUGUGCGUAAUCGUGAACUCAUCAUAGGCAAGGGUGACCAGAGUCACGAGGAGAUCUGCUUCAGGAUCUUCCUUUUCUGUGCCUUUUACAAGAUGGAGACUUGGAAUGCUCUGGAAGGUGCUCUUGGCCAUGUCCCUCGAUAUUCGACAUUCGAGAAGGAUCUGCCGAUCUACGAGGCUACUAUCUCCGACUUGUCUCGUCGGCGUCGAAAGAUCUACACCGGUGCCUUUCAGCUGGUCCCCCCCACACCCUAUUUUGGCGCUCCUCACUUUGCAGCUUCGCUUCGAUUUGUACUGGCAUUGAUGCAGAUGGGCUUGCCUGCCAAGCUAUUGUCAUGCCAUUACGCAGUCGACGCGUCCAACAUCCUCCGGACGGUGCCGACAUUGGGCGGCUUUCUCUCUCUCAACAUGCUUUGCUACCUAAACGACUCGCCGCACUUGUCAUUCAGCUACCGCAACUUUGCCUCCUGUGGUCCGGGAUCUAGGGCGUUUCUUCGCGCAAUGUUCGGCCCAUGCAUCAACUCAACAGCUUACGAGGAAGCUGGACUGCACUGGCUACAGAAGAAUCAAUGGCAAUACUGGGCAGCCCUGGGGGAGGAUCCUCCACAUGCCUGGGAGCUAGGCGUACGGCCCGGCGUCAGGGUCUUGGAUAUUGAGAACGCUCUGUGUUGGUGUCACCGCUACGUCAAAGACUAUCUCCGGCUCGGCUACGGCUCUGUUGCGGACUCAACAAUGCCCGUCGUCAAGCCCGAAGCUUUUGCACCCGCCUGGUGCGACGAGGAGAAAAACGCCUUGAAUCAAAGCAAAGCAGUCUUCGAUGAUGACUACGAAGAGGCCGCAGCAAAGACGAGACCGGUGAAGGAAGGUGUAUGGGAGGUGGAACGGGUUGUUGGCAGGAAAGGCAAUAGAACUGACCCGGAUGGCCUUUUCAGAGUUCGCUGGGCAGGCUGGCCGCCGGAAGAUGACACAUACGAGCGAGCGUCGACCCUGAGAGACGGUUCAGCCGACGCCUUGGCCGAAUGGCUGGAAUGGGAGGGGACCGUGUGGUCAUCGAUCGCUCAAGUCAAAGAGAAGCACUUGUAUAGCGAAGUCAAGGCAGAGCUGGACGAGGACAUGUCAAUCAAGGUCGAAUCAAGUCCGCAUAGGAGAACGAGGAAGCGGCAGAAAACAAUGUAGC